AUGACGGAAAACAGCAGCACCGUGGUUCCACCGCCCCGAUACCAUCAUCCGGUGGCGUCUUCCCAGCAGAACCAUCAGACCCAUUUACCGCCGAGGCCAGCAAUCAGCAAUAAACCGCCACUUUCGAUAAUCAAAUUCCUAGAGUUGUGCCUGGCCACAACUUGUACGGUCCUACAUUACUACAGCUUCGAUGACGGCGAUCUCGUCACCGGUUUCGUAUCGACAGGAACGUUCUGCGGAUAUAUUGUCAUCCUGUUCACCGUUAUGAUUGGUUAUUUGAUGAAAGCUCACGUCCACCGGCGACUCAACCUGUUCUACAGCCUGCUCGGCUGCGGCCUCUUCCUGACCUCGGGUAUAUUCAUCAUCGGUGCCUGGGAGCACGCCUUUCGUACGCGAACUCGAGAUCUGGCCAUCACCAAAGGAUCGAUUGCAAUAAUCAACGGAGUUAUCUUCCUGAUGGACACUAUUUUCACCUUUCGCGAUAGAAAGUGA